UUAUGUUUACUUUUAUUGUUGUCAACUUGUCAUUGCAAAACAACCAUUUUUUUAUGUUUAUUUAUAAACACAAUAUUAAUUAUUAAAACAUUUUAAAUAAAUAGAAACAUGCUUCGUGUUGUAACAAGAGAUUUAGGUCGUUCGGUUAAUCCAGUAUUAACUAAAAAUUGUCUCAUCACAAAUAACCAACAAUUAUGUCACUUUUUAGUGUCUAAAUUUUCAUUUCAUAAUGGAUUUAAAAGACAGUAUCAACAAAAACAAGAACAAAAAAUUAUUGAAUUAUCUACACCAGUUAUUAAAUCAAAGAAUGAAUAUUUUGAAAAACGUUGUGAUAUAAUUAAAAAAUUAAUAGAAGAAAAAGAGGAUCCUUAUCCUCAUAAAUUUCAUGUCUCCAUGUCUCUGACAGAUUUUAUAAAUAAAUACAAUAGUCAAGUUAAAGAGGAAGAAAUUUUAGAAAAUGAAAUUCAAAAUAUUGCUGGUAGAAUAAUUUCAUUAGAAAAAACUGAUGUAAAUUCAUUUGUGUAUGAGGUUUAUAGUGAAGGGCUCAAUAUCAAAGUAAAAAUUCAGGAAAAUUUAUAUAAAGAUAUUGAGAGUUUUAAAAAAGAUACUGAUAAAAUUUGUUGUGGUGAUGUUAUUGGUAUUGUUGGUGUACCAACAAAAUUCAAGACUGGUCAAUUGUCAAUAGUACCACAAAAAAUAAUACUGUUGAGUCCUUGCUUGCAACAACUACCUGUUGCUAAUGCUGAGCUAUCAAAAAAAGAGACAAGAUACAACCAGAGAUACUUGGAUUUAAUUUUAAAUAAUAAAUCUAGAAAAAGAUUCUUUGAUCGUGCUAAAAUAAUAUCAUUUGUCAGAAAAUAUUUAGAUGAAAUGAAAUUUUUGGAGAUUGAAACACCAGUAAUGAAUGCAUAUCCAAGUGAAAAUAAAGACACGACAUUUAAAUCAUACCAUGAUGAUUUAAAUAUUGAUAUUUUUAUGAGGAUGUCUUCUGACUUGCAUCACAAGGCAUUGAUUGGUGAGGGAAUUGAACGAGUUUAUGAAAUUGGUAGAAAAUUUAUAAACAAAAAGAACAAUGAAACUCAUCAUUCAGAAUUUACAACAUGUGAAUUUUACAUGGCAUAUGCAGAUUACAAUGACUUGAUGUCUAUCACUGAAAAUAUGCUAUCAGAAAUGGUCAAAAAAAUAACUGGAUCAUGUAAAUUUCAAUAUAAUCCAGAUGGUCCAGAGAGUGAAUCAAUUGAAAUUGAUUUUACUCCACCAUUUAAAAAAAUUCCAUUGAUAAAAACACUUGAAGAUAAACUUAAUGUUAAAUUACCAUCAGCAAAUGAGCUAAAUACAAUUGAGUCAAAUAAAUUUUUAGAUGAUUUAUGUAUAAAGCACAAUGUUGAAUGUCAAUCACCAAGAACAACUGCAAGAUUACUUGAUAAACUUGUUGGUAAAUUUAUAGAAAAUAGCUGUAUUAAUCCAACAUUUAUAAUUGAUCAUCCAGAAAUUAUGUCACCACUAGCAAAAGGUCAUCGUUUUGAAAAAGGUUUAACUGAACGAUUUGAUAUAUUUAUAAUGGGUCAUAAAAUUGGUCAUGGCUAUUCAGUCUUGACAAAUCCUUAUUUGAAUAAUUCGAAAUGCAUUAACGAUGAAGAUCUUUGUACAACUUUUGAACUUGGUUUGCCACCAUUGGCUGGAUUGAUAAUAGGAAUUGAUCGACUUGCAAUGAUACUUACAAAUUCAAAUGACAUCAAAGAUGUCAUAUUAUUUCCUUCAAUAAAACCAAACUUUCUCAACUAAAUUGUAAUUAAUAAUUAUAAAUAAGAAAAACAUGUAAAUAAAUUUUUUUUUCAAUUGAUAAAAUAUUUUAAUUUUGAUUACGUUGUUACUAUUACGAAUAAUUAAUAGCAAGAAGAUUAGAAACAUUAUGCAUGUUGGCUGUUUACAAUGCCACGUGGUACACACACAUUGUCCACACAUGCAUACACAUAUGAUAAAGACUCAACGAGCUCGACCACGAGUUUCUAUCAUUAUCAUAUCAUUCAUUGAUUCAUAUCGACGACGACCAGUCCAGCUAAUGCAGUCCAUGAGUCCAGUCAUAAGACUCAAGCCAAGCACCUGGUAGCUCUAGAGUAUAUGGUAGUACAUAUUUACAUAAUACAUACCGUACUCUGCCAUUAAUUUUGAUCUUUUCAUAUACUAUUUAUAUAGAAAUAAAAUAAUUAAAAAAUAUUAAACUAAAACGUGGUUAUAGAAAUUAUAUUUGGUAAAAAAACAUAGAGCUUAAAAAUCUUGAUCUUUUUUCGUUUAAUAUAUAGAAAUAAAAAAACAUUAAACCAAGACUCGGUUAUCACAUUUUAAUUUUAUAUCAAAUAUGAGUCACUACAAGAGACUACGUACAUCGGACUUGAAAAAACCUUUGGCCAAAAAAUGUAAAGUUCCAAGGGAAAUUUUAACAUUUUCUUUUAACAAAAAGAAUCAGAAGAAAUACUAUCAGCAUUAUGCUGAUGACCCCAAAAAUACGACAAUUGACUUUGUUAAUGAUGAUUGCCUGGCUGAAAUAUUCAUGCGUGUGGCAGCAUGUGAAAGACCGAAAAUUGCAUUGGUAUGCAAAAAAUGGCGAAAGAUCCUUAAAAAAACUUGGUCCAAUGUCAGCAAACUUGAGCUCACUUAUUGGCAAUGUGAUAGGCGUCCAAGUUCUUUAAAGAAUCAUAGAAUACGAGUGUUACGGGGGCAUGACUGGCGACACCCUCUAUUCUAUUUUACGAGAUCACUGUUCGAUAAAUGUGGUUUUUAUUUAACAGAGUUAGACGUGACAACGUAUAGUGAUUGGAACAUAGUACCAGCUAUUAAUGAAUCUUGUUAUAACGUCGUAAAACUUCGGUUGAGAUUGAUGUAUUGUCACAAUAUACCAUCCUGGAAUGAAUUUUCAUAUCUAACUAAACUGAAAGUAUUAAAAGUUAUAUUUCAAACUGAUGAUCCUUAUACAAGUAGUGAUUUAUCUACUGCUUUAAGCGAUUCAUUGAUAAACGUUGCUGGAACAUUGACUGAACUGAGUUUGUCAAACUGGAUCAGAGGCAGCAAUCACUGUGAUGAAAUUACAAGAGAUCUCACUGAGGUGAUUCCUAAACUGAAGGCCUUGAAAACAAUUGAAAUUUUUGGUAUGGCAAUUAAUCCUGGUUUAUCCAUGUACCUGAGAAAUUCUAAAAUAUUAGCCAUCAAUUUUGAUAGUCCUUUAUCUAAAUAUAUUUUUAAGCCUAAUAUUUUUGAGGGAAAGAAUGGUAAAUCACUCACCAAAUUGGAUUUGACUUCUUGCCAAGUUUCAAAUGAUUUUUUAUAUAAUAUUGCCAAUUGCAUGGAAAAUGUGAAAAUAUUAAAAGUAUCGUGUGAACGGGUAACUGAUAUUGGCAUAGUAGCAAUAUCGAAGAUAAAAUUUUUACAACAUCUUUAUCUUUCCGGUCAUAGUCACGUUACUGACUCUUCAAUUAAAUUGCUUAAAAAAUUAAAAAUUUUACAUUUACCUAACAGCAAUAAAAUUACUAAUGAUUCAGUCACAAAAAUUCUUGUUAAUUCACCACAAAUGAAAGAGCUUCGUAUUGUAGAAUCAGCUAUAACUGCUGAUUUUAUAAAACAUGCAGAGGAAAUAACUAGAAAUCGUAAAAAAAAAUUGAAAUUAGAAGUUUCAUUUAUUCCUGAUAUAAAACAAUAUCAAUCACCGUAUCUAGACAUUAUUCAGAAUCCACCAAAGAAAAAUAAAUAAUCAAUAAAAAUUGAUGAUUGAUAAUUAAUUUUUCCUUCAAUAAAA